AUGGAUGUCUAUGACGAGUCCCAUAACACGAAGGUGUUUCGAUUUGCGUUACCGGAGGCGGAUAUGCCACUUAACCUUGAGGUAGCUAGCUGUCUUAGCUUGCGCUUUUUUGACAAGGACGGAAAGGAAGUUAUUCGACCGUACACGCCACUUAACCGCAGUGAUCAGCUUGGCUACUUCGAUAUUUUGGUGAAGAAGUACCAGGGCUCAAAAAUGGGAACCCAUUUGUUCUCAAUGAAGAAGGGUGAUACCAUCGACAUCAAGGGGCCCUGGGUGAAGCUGCCGAUCAAGGCAAACCAAUUCAAGGCAAUUGGCAUGAUUGCCGGCGGCACGGGUAUCACACCGAUGUACCAGGUGGCGAGGCAUGUGUUGCAUGCACCUAAGAACAAUACGGAAAUUACCCUCAUCUACGCAAAUGAGCGUAAAGAGGACGUGCUGCUUGGCAACGAGCUGAACGAGCUAAUGGAGACGUACCCACGCUUUUCGCCGUACUUUGUGCUUUCCAAGGCGCCCUCUGACUGGAUGGGUGGUGUUGGCUUUGUCAACAGGGAAAUGAUCAAGUCUCUGAUGCCUGCGCCGAACCGCGCCGGCGAUUGCACCAUUCUUGUCUGUGGUCCGCCGCCAUUCAUGGAAGCUAUUUCGGGUGAUAAAGACUUCAAAAGCAAUCCCCCAUCUCAGGGUGAGCUGAAGGGCUACCUGAAGGAGCUUGGCUACAUGCCCAAGAUGGUGUACAAGUUCUAG